AUGGACCCCCAGCAGUGUGAUGGAGGCCAUGUGUCAGAGGGGUGUAACACUCCUGGUAAUGGGGACCACCGUCCCCCUCCUGCCAAACUGGUCCGCCUGGAGUUGAACGGUGGCGGGGGCCCCUCAGGUCCACACCAGGGCAGGACGAGACAGGGGAGCCCAGGGGUCAGGACUUCGGCCCCCAAACUCACCACACCCGCACCACAACCCAAGAACUGGCAUAAAAGAGGAAGCCUGCUGCCCGUGCUGUGUUUGGUGGAGCACAGAGAGAGCCCGGUCCCGCCAGUGGAGGAUGAGAGGAGAGAGGAGCAUGCAGAGUUUGUACUGGUCAGGAGAGACCUGCUGUUUAACCAGCUGAUAGAGAUGGCUUUACUGGCCCUGGGCUACUCUCACAGCUCAGCAGCACAGGCGAAAGGUUCGAUCCAGGUGGGUAGGUGGAACCCUGUCCCUCUGUCCUGUGUGACUGAUGCUCCUGAUGCCACAGUGGCUGACAUGCUGCAGGACCUCUACCAUGUGACCACCCUCAAGAUCCAGCUCACCAGUUGUCCCAUGUUGGAGGACCUCCCUCCAGAACAGUGGAGUCACUCCACAGUGAGAAAUGCCCUGAAGGAGCUAUUGAGAGACAUGAACCAGAGCUCACUGGCCAAAGAGUGCCCUCUGUCCCAGAGUAUGAUCUCCUCCAUUGUUAACAGCACCUACUAUGCAAAUGUAUCGGCCUCCAAGUGCCACGAGUUUGGCCGUUGGUAUAAGCACUUCAUGAAUACAAAAGGCAUCAUGGAGAUUGACAGCUUCUCUGACCAAUCCCAAACGAGCUCCACACACCCAUCAACCAAACAACCAUUCCAAGGCAGCACAGCCGAGCAGGUCUGCUCCUCGCCCCUCCCCUUUCCUCACGGGGGUGCCACCCACAUUUCUGGGCGUAGUUGUCUGGCCCCAAGUCUCUGCCCCCCGAGGCUGGUGACCGCCCCCCUCAGCCCCCAGCUAGUCAGCCCCCAACAGAUAGUCAUGGCCCAGUUCCUCAACCAGCAGUAUGCAGUCAGCCAUAUGCUAGCCCAGCAAAGCCUGUCUGUAUCUGUCUCCACCUCCCCCCAGCAGUACCUCAACCACCCCCCUGUGGGGAGGCCUCCCCCCUCCCUGGCCCUAGCCAAGGGCCUCGAUACCCUGCCCCAGGCUGGACCACCAGGACCCGGGUCUGGGUCCCAGAGCCAGGUGUGUGGACCAUCAGACAUCUCAUGUGAGAUCUACCAGUGGGUGAGAGAGGAGCUGAAGAGAGCAGUUAUCUCCCAGGCUGUGUUCGCCCGUGUGGCCUUCAACAGGACCCAGGGCCUGCUGUCUGAGAUCCUUCGUAAGGAGGAGGAUCCUAAGAGUGCUUCUCAGUCUCUCCUGGUCAACCUGCGGUCCAUGCAGAGUUUCCUACAGAUACCGGAAGGUGACCGCGACCGUAUCUACCAGGAAGAGAGAGAGAGGAGUCUGACCACGUCGACCAUUAUCAACCAUUCACCCAACAACACUACCCCACCAUGCCACACACAGGUCGGACAGACAGACAGAGCGAGAUGGAACAGAGGGGUGAAGAACGAGGGAUGUGUUCUAGACAUCAACAGUUCUAUCUAUGAAGAGAUCCAACAGGAGAUGAAGAGAGCCAAGGUUUCUCAGGCCAUGUUUGCCAAGAUGGCCGCAUCCAAGAGUCAGGGCUGGCUGUGUGAGCUGCUGCGCUGGAAGGAGGAUCCGUCCCCGGAGAACAGAACCCUGUGGGAGAACCUGUGUAUGAUCCGGCGCUUCCUGAGUCUGGCCCAGAUGGAACGAGACGCCAUCUAUGAACAGGAGAGCAACACUCUGCAACAACACUGUACAGACAGACUCACGCAGCUACUCCAACGCCACUCCCCAUUGCAACAACAACAUCAUCAACGAACACUGACCGCUCUGUCCCAGCUGCCCUUGCAGCCCCAGGCGGAGCCUCGCCUGCCGCCACGACAACCAUCCACAGCAUCACCGGCCGAGACUGAGGGGGAGGGACGGUGGGCAGGGGGCAGACAGACUAACGGCGAGGGCGAUGGUGGGAGUGAUGGCGAGGGGUUUCGGGUGUCCCGGGAGGCGCAGGGGAUCCUGCAGAGCUUCAUCCAGGACGUUGGUCUGAACCCUGACGAGGAGGCUGUCCACACCCUGUCAGCCCAGCUGGGCCUGCCCAAACACACCAUCCUCAGCUUCUUCCACAGCCAGCACCACAGCUACACUCACCAGAACCAUAGACAGCACUACAGUGAGAUCCACCACAACCACAACCAACAUCCGAGCCAGGACCACAACCACAGAGAGAAUCACAACCAACACCACACGGACCAGAACCAGCUCUUCUAUAAUGGAGCAGGCCCAACCCAGCCUAAGAGAACUACAGGGGAGGAGUGGACCGUAGAUCUCGCUGGACAAAUGGGGGGGGGAGGGGAGGAUAUGGAGCAGGAAGAGGAAAUAGAGGGGAAGGGGGAUGAGGAUGCCAUUUUGAAAGAGUUGGAUGUGAGCAGUCAGACCAACACCGUCGCCACCCUAGAGGAGGAGCAACAUGAUUCUAACCAAUCUGAGACUGCCCAACCACAUGACUCUGAUGAAUAA